AGAAGUAAUUAUGCAGGGGAAGUAAUUGUUGGAGGCUCUGUAUUAUGUCAGGAAAGCAAUUGUGAGGAUUAUAAAAAAAAACGAAAAACUGGCUUGACGGCAUUAAUCCAUACUGGAUAA